AUGGAGGAGCAUUCAAAGUCGUUGAAAGUGGUACUUGAUCGUUUGAAGGAAGGUGGUCUACGAACAAAGAAAAAGAAUUGUGACUUCCUGGUGGAUCAUGUGGACUAUACUCUUCACAUCUUGCAUAACUGGCCCACACAAAUUGAACCUGUUUGUGCGUCCCAAGGGCUUGGUGGAGUGCUCAUUGUAAAGGAAACGGUUUUAUCGUUCGUCAUGUAUUCAAAUGUCGUUUCUCAAAUUGACACAGACGUUGGGCGGCUGUAUGGACAAAUUUUGCCAGUGAUGAAUGAAGCAGUUGGUCGGAACACAAAUACGGAUAUGAUUAUCCGCCGAAAAUGUCCCCGAGGUAAACAGAAACAGCGAUUGUCCAUUUCUCAUCAUGAACUUUCUGAUAUCCGAGCGACACCCUACUGCAGCCUUCACAAGCAGGCUGAUCGCAGCCAGACUCUUCACAUCUUGCAUAACUGGCCCACACAAAUUGAACCUGUUUGUGCGUCCCAAGGGCUUGGUGGAGUGCUCAUUGUAAAGGAAACGGUUUUAUCGUUCGUCAUGUAUUCAAAUGUCGUUUCUCAAAUUGACACAGACGUUGGGCGGCUGUAUGGACAAACUUUGCCAGUGAUGAAUGAAGCAGUUGGUCGGAACACAAAUACGGAUAUGAUUAUCCGCCGAAAAUGUCCCCGAGGUAAACAGAAACAGCGAUUGUCCAUUUCUCAUCAUGAACUUUCUGAUAUCCGAGCGACACCCUACUGCAGCCUUCACAAGCAGGCUGAUCGCAGCCAGGUAAUGGCGCAACACAAAUCCACUCUCGUUUCAACUGUCGCAGCAGUCGAGGAGCUAUUGGACGAUGAGUUCGCAGCAGUCGAGGAGCUAUUGGACGAUGGGAAUAACUGGUGUAGCCGGCUUGAACUAUGUCCAGUUUGGUCGAGCAAGUCGGACUCUGAUGCAACUUGUGUGGCCGCAACAACGAUUCGAGUGUCCGAAUCAACGAAAUAUUCCUGUCAACGAGGAGCAAUGUCAGUUUCUGAAUUUACAUCACCAACGCGGCUAUUUCGUAUGACGACACAGACCUUGCAUGCGAUUCUCGGUAACGCUUUCAUGAGGCAUCCCGGAUUGCCAUGGUAUGCCCAAUCUGUACUUAUGGAGUUUUGGUCAUGGCUCAGAAUAAAUCUACAAGUGAUUGUCAUCUGCGGUGAACGACAGCCACUGACCGACAAGAACAAAACCGACCCGGGAAACUUGGGCAAAAGCCUCGAUCCUGUGUAUCAGUCCGUGAAAUCCGUGAAGCUCACCCAGACUGACCUCCAUGCUACUCAGCCAGCC